AUGAAACAAUGGAGGAAAAUAGUUAUUCUUUAUGUGUGCAAGAUGUUGCAUAUUUGCUACAAAACAGAUAUGCGAUGAUUACAGGUGGGAAAACUUUAGACGGUUUUCCCAUCAUCACCUUCCCCGACUCGUCUGUGGAAUUCCUCAGUCUUUCAGAAGAUGAAUACAGAAGGUUGGUGCUCUACUUAACAAGUGUUCCUUCAAUGCAAGAUGCAGACCGGGGUUUUGUUCUAGUCAUAGACAGAAGAAAUGACAAAUGGAGUGCUGUCAAAACUGUCCUCCUCAAAAUUGCAGGUUUCUUCCCAGCUCUCAUCCAGGUGGUGUUCGUUCUCAGGCCGGCCGGUUUCCUGCAGAAAGCAAUAUCCGGUGUCAGCAACAAAUUCUUCAAAGAAGAGUUCAAGUUCAAGGCUGUUGAAAAGUUCUCAAAGAACACGAGCGAGGUAUCGGUGACCCUCCAAGCCAUGAUCACCCAGUGGCAAGCAAGUGUUCUCCCCAACGACCCGUCCUCCACAUCUGCACUCAUCGAAGAACAUGGUCGAGACCACCAUGACCUCAAAGAGGACAUCCACAGUGCCAUCCGGCAUGGGGAGACCCUCCUCAGCUGCAUCCGCCGCCCGUCCGAAGUGGACGCCUCCCUGGAUCUCUGUCCUGACAAGCUCAUCAACGUGGCUGCUGUGCAAAAUGUUUUGUCUUCAUGUAUGGAUAAACUUUGUGCCAUGCCAUCAUCUGGUGAUUCCUUAAUGCAAGUGCAAGAAGUUUUAAAAGAUGUUGAAGACUUUGAAGAAAAUGUGCAAGUUGAGAUUGCCAGGAUGGAAGAUGUGCAGCAGAGAGGGAAGUGCCUGAUUGAAGAGAACCACUAUGCUGUUGAUUCCAUCUCCCCCAAGUGUAUGGAGCUCGAGAAGAUG